CGUUCAACAAUUUGUUACAGAGCGAUUUCUAACUUACUUCUAAACUCAAAGUUUUUAAACUUCUAUGAUAAUCUUUAUGAUAAUAUAUCGAUGAUUUCUCAACAUGUAAUGGAUUCUUGUGGUUUUUGUCCUGGCGAUUAGGAACUGAUUUCUAAGUAAGUUGAAGAAGACAUCGACCAUCCAGUCGUAGCGCAUCAGGUAGAUGUAAAAAUCAAUGAGGCCAAUAUGAAAACAAUGUAAAAGAAAACUACAUGUAAACUAAAUAGUGGAACUUUUUCUUCCCAUUUUCACAAUUACAAAAUUGGAUUGGAUCAACAAGUCGUGGAUUCUACGGACAGUCAUGAACGCUCCCACACUUCACCACUACCAGUCGCCCUUUUCUACGAACUGGCACCAGGCCCCCGGGCUUCAAAGGACAUCUAUAUCAUCUCUGUAUGGAGGUGGUGGCUUUCCAAGCUACCAUUCUGUGGCAGACUGGGGAUUAAGUCACAAUACUUCAACAUCAAGUAUGAGCACAGGGGGACACAGUAACAAUACAGCGGCACAUCUACUCUCCAGGGACCACCCCGCUUCCGAGUUUCUCGCCACUGCACAAUCGCACCCAGUCAGUGCCUCCCAUGGACACUUGUCGUCAGUUGACGUAAAUGCUGCAACAGUUCUGGGCUACAACAAUCCUCUCGAGUCAAUGUUUAACGCACAGUUUAAUAAAACAAGCAUCCCACUGUCACCAAAAUCCACAACAGCCUCGUCAGAUUCAAAGUCAGCAGAUUCCAAUUCGGAUAGCUCCUACCAGUUGGACCUGAGUUCAAAACCAAGAAAAGAACGCACUGCCUUCUCAAAGCACCAAAUAAAGGAGUUAGAAAAGGAAUUUUCAGUCCACAACUAUCUGACUCGACUGAGGCGGUACGAAAUUGCCGUGGCCCUUGAUCUCACAGAGAGACAGGUUAAAGUCUGGUUUCAAAAUCGCAGAAUGAAAUGGAAACGUGUAAAGGGGGCGACACUAGCCAAAGACAAGGUGACAGGACAGUUGAAACCACUAACGAUACCAGCCCCCAACGCCACUAUACUGGCAUCUGAUAGUGAAUCACCUAGAUGACAGUAGGUUAGACAAUAAAAAGGAUGACUGCUUUCUCAUUUCGGUUUCUCUUGGACAAGGAGGGGCUUACGUGCAUCCAAAGGCCAAGUUGUAUGAAUAUGUAUUUCAGUUACAUGUGGUCUGCUGAAGAUGACUCGCAAUCGGAAUGAUAAAUACUACCAUCUUAUGAAACGGAGAAGAUUGAGACAAUUGUAAUGUAACAUCAAAGUAUUGCCCACGGAUGCUUACAUUGAAAUCGUGUUAUAUUAGAGAAAACAGAAUAAUGGGCAAUCUACAGUCUGUACAUAUUUAACAAGCGGAUAACCAUAUAUUGUGAUAAAAAAUAUUCUUUUUUCUGAG